AAUGAGCUUAUUUGUGAUUUUUGGGAAAUGGUGAGCGAGGUAUAAUUCGACCAGAUGUGGAAGUGGUGAGACCAUAUUUCGGGUUUGGUUUAAAAAUCUCGUGUUAUGAUCGUGUUUGCAUAGGUGGAGAGGGGGUGGAGGUCUGGUUUGUAAAUAGGUGUGCCCACGAAGAGGGGGCGGUGUAUAUGGAGGUUGGUAAGACCAACAAAAAAGAAUGAAGGGAGUAUAAGACUCGGCUUUAUUAGCUCUUAAUUACAAACCGUUAAACCAACCAAAGCCUUCCUCUUUCAAUGACACAAAAAAAUAAAAAAUAAAAAUAAAAAUUGCUUACCCCUUUUCUUUUGCUUUCUGUAGUUUUCAACUGGUCCAUUGAUUACACUGAAAAGCAACCGGGGUCCAAAAUAUAAAAACAAAAAUCCUCCAAAGUGGGAGAUAAUGUCACAUAUAAAGUUUGAGUAACCAAUCAAUAAAUAUUUUUUGCCCUACAAGUUUUAGUGGGCAAAGCAUAAACCUUCUUUAUGCUAUCUGUAUGAGCCUAUGAAUAGCAAGGAUUAUCACCUGUACUUUGUAUCAGGUAGAGCAUGUCUCUUCACAUGCAAUUACGCAAACAUAAUAAAAUUAAACACAAUCCUCUAUAAUCUCACCAUGGCCUUUCAAUCUAAGUUCUGCUUGUCGUCUUUCGUAUUAUUACUAUCACUCAUCAACUGUCCCGGUGCCACAACUGAUAAGCAAUCAGAGUAUUUCAGCCUCAUGAAAAGCGCUCUCUCUGGCAGUACCUUGUCUGAAUGGACUUCCAAGGGAGAGAGCUCAUACUGCAAUUACACUGGAUUAGCCUGCAAUAGUCAAGACCAAGUUAUAGAGAUGAACCUUGCAAGGCAAUCACUAAAAGGAUCGCUUCCUCCGGAUAUAUGCUCUUUCCUACCAGAGCUGCAAGUUCUUAAUAUAACCGGAAAUGACAUCACUGGCAGGUUUCCACACGGAGUCACCAAUUGCUCCGUUUUGAAAGUUCUAGCCAUGAGUGAUUUAUUGCUUAGUGGGAGGCUUCCGGAUUUUUCCAGCAUGAAAUCACUCCGGGUGCUGGACUUGUCUAUGAAUAAAUUCAGUGGAGACUUCCCACUGUCGAUUACAAACCUCACUGAUCUUGAGGUGGUAAACUUCAACAUGAAUGAUAAUUUCAAUCCUUGGGAACUUCCACUGAAUAUUACUCGGUUGAGAAAGCUACAAACAUUAGUCCUGUCAACAACAAUACUUCAGGGAAGCAUUCUACCAUCAAUAGGCAACAUGACAUCCCUUGUUGAUCUCGAGCUAAGUGGGAACUUUCUGAAGGGUCAGAUUCCUCCAGAGCUAGGAAUGCUGAAGAACCUUAAGUAUCUCAUGCUUUACUAUAAUCAGCUCAGUGGAAAAAUACCCGAAGAGUUAGGACAUCUAACAGAGCUUACUGGGUUGGAUAUGUCAGUAAAUUUACUGACAGGAAGAAUUCCAGAAUCAAUAUGCCGCCUUCCCAAACUUAAAAUCUUGCAGCUUUAUAAUAACAGCCUCACAGGAGAAAUUCCAACAGCUCUUGGGAACUCAACAGCAUUGACCACAUUAUCUGUCUACCAGAACUUUCUGACAGGCAAAGUUCCCCAAAAUCUAGGAAAUUCAUCUGCCAUGAUUGCCAUAGACUUGUCAGAGAAUCAAUUCUCCAGCAAACUGCCACCAAAUGUCUGCAGAGGAGGUAAACUACUGUACUUCCUUGCUCUUUCCAAUAUGUUCACAGGUGAGAUACCUCAAAGUUAUGCAGACUGCACAUCACUUGUACGUUUUCGUGUUAGUAACAACCAAUUGGUUGGCCUGGUGCCUGAAGGAAUUUUCAGUCUCCCUAAUGCAAAUAUCAUUGAUAUUGCUGACAAUCAAGUGACUGGAACUAUACCUAGAGAAAUCGCAAAUGCAAAGAAUAUGUCGGAAUUCUUCAUUCAAAACAACAAAAUAUCUCAAUCUCUUCCAUCUGAGAUCUCUGGAGCUGUCAAUUUAGUGAAGAUUGAUCUAAGCAACAACUUAAUAUCUGGCCCUAUACCCUCUGAACUUAGCACCCUCAAAAAGUUGGAUCUCUUGUUGUUACAACAUAACAAUUUCACGUUCUCUAUCCCUGAAUCAUUGUCCCAGCUGAAAUCACUAAGCAUUCUCGAUUUAUCUAAUAACCAGUUGACAGGAAACAUCCCUGAGAACCUAUCUAAACUACUUCCUAGCACUAUCAAUUUAUCAUAUAAUCAUCUUUCUGGUCCUAUUCCUAUCCCGCUAAUGACAGGAAGCUUGGGAGAAAGCUUCUCAGGUAAUCCAAGGCUUUGUGUUGAAUCACAUACAGAUCCAUCUUAUAAAAACUUUCCAAUCUGUCAAACUCACAAGCAGAAGCGAUCAAUUUGGUUAUGGAUCACAGAGGCCUCAGCUAUAGUUCUUUUACUAGUGGCAGUUGCACUAUUCUUAAAACCAUGCUUAAGAAAAAAAGAAAUAGCUAGUAAGCCAUAGUUAGGUUUGAAUUCAUCUUCCAGCUCAAGGGGUGUAAAAAGCUCUUUAUGUUUCUUUUUCCCCCUUUUCUUUUUUAGUGGAAACUUCCAUAUAUUAAACAAAGCACUAGCAAUGACAAA